AUGGGACCGUUCCCCUUGUCAGCUCAAAAGAACAAAUAUGUAUUGGUUAUUGGAGAUUAUUUUACCCGUUACAUGGAAGCAUAUGCCAUACCCAAUCAGAAUGCAGAGAACGUGUCACAUAAGCUAGUUAUGGAAUUUAUAUCAAGAUAUGGGAUUCCAUUAGAACUUCAUUCAGACCAAGGAAGAAACUUUGAAAGUGACCUUUUCAAGGAAGUAUUGAACCUGUUGGAAAUUAAGAAAACCCGCACAACUGCAUACAGACCUAGCUCCAAUGGACUUAUUGAAAGAUUUAAUGGCACUUUGGGCAAAAUGAUACAGAAGUACAUCAACUCUAAUCCAAUUAACUGGGACAAACACAUUAAUCUUUUAUUAGCAGCAUAUCGCAGUACUGUCCAUCCAUCUACAGGUUAUACUCCUAAUAUGCUGAUGUUCGGCAGAGAAGUGAAUUUACCAGCUAACCUCCUAUUUCCAUUUCCCAGGGACGUAGACCAUACUGAAACACAUGAAUAUUUAUAUCAAUUAAGGGACAAAGUCGAGGAGUGUUAUCACCUAGCGAGAGAAAAUUUAAAAGAAGCUUCAGAAAGACAGAAAAGAGAUCAUGACACAAGAAUCUAUGAAAGGACAUAUCAAAAAGGAGACCUAGUUUAUAAAAGGACAGGACCAAGGAGGAAGCUGGAUGACAAGUUCGAAGGACCAUUUAUCGUUAAACACAUGUUCAGCCCUGACAUAUAUGAAAUAAUUGGGAAAAAGAAAACUUUUGUUGUUCAUCAUGACAGAUUAAAACCAUUUCAAAGUGAAGAAAUACCAAAGUGGGCAAGAUCUCUACAGGGAAAAAUUUCUAAAGCAUGUUAA